UAUCCGGUCUAGAGAGGAAGACGCUGUUUUUUAUUGAUGAUAAAUCUUCUCAGUUUAUUCUGAUUUAAAUCAAAUAAUAAUAAUAAUAAAGGAACAGUCAACAUGGAGCCGGCCCACAGAGCCCUGCUGCGGGAGCACCGGCUCUAUCUGUCCGGGCAGCUGCUGGUCUCGGACUCCAUCGUUCCGCUUCUGUUCCAGGAGGAGAUUCUGACGGAAACCCAGGUGGAUCAGAUCUUGUCUCAGCCGUCAGAGAGGCUGAAGGCCUUGGAGCUCCUGACCCUGCUGCCGGCCCGUGGCCCGCGGGCCUUCAAAGCCUUCAUCCGGAGUCUGGAGGACCACAGCUGGGUCCGAGAGAGGCUGGAGGCGGAGCUCCAGGAGGUAGACGGGACCCGAGGAGCCGGACGAGAUACAG